UUUACACAAAUGUUUCCAUUGGAUUCUGUCCGAAGAGCGGAAAACGUAAUUUUUAUUUUUAUUUCACUCUAGUUACGAAACUAACGUGCACUCGUUUCUAAUAAGUGUAUUUUUAAAAAUAUUCUAAUUCAUAUUUGAUCUAAAAUGGUUUCAUCGUACGCUAUUUACACAGCUGUGCCUAUUUCCGUCGUAGUUGCAUUAGGUUUAAUACGUAAGUGGAGAUCAAGAAGUUGGGCUAAAUGUACAAGCAAUACUUGCUUGAGAGGUAAAACUUUCCUUAUUACUGGAGCAAACAGCGGGAUAGGCCUGGAAACAGCGAAAGCUCUAGUUAAGAGGAAGGCGCGAGUUAUUUUUGCUUGUAGAGAUAUCGAUAAGGCAAAACAGGCAAUCGCUGAAAUAAGAAAAGAACAACCCACAGGAGGCGAACUGAUUCCUAUGCAAUUAGACCUUGCAUCUUUUGAAUCGAUUGAGAAGUUUGUUGAAGUAGUUAAGGCUGGUUUCUACAAAAUAGAUGUUCUAAUUAACAAUGCUGGUGUCUCAGUUCCCUUAAAACAGGAUCUAAAAACAAAAGAAGGUUUUGAGAUACACAUAGGGGUCAAUCAUUUGGGGCAUUUCUAUCUUACAAACUUACUUAUUGAUUUAUUGAAGAAAGCAUCACCAAGCAGAGUUGUCAUGGUGUCAUCAACAUUACAUGAAAAGGGAAAAUUGGACUUUGGUGACUUGAAUAUAAGAGCUGAAAUCGAAGAGGCAAAGAAAGGCAAGAGUUUCCGUCACAAUCCUGGCUAUUGUAACUCUAAGCUGAUGAAUGUUUAUUUCGCACGUGGUUUGGCCGCCAAGCUGAGGAGUGAAGGAGUUGAUGUCAAUGCAUGCUGCCCUGGAUUCUGCUAUACUAACUUAUUCAGAAACUUCGUAAGAUGGUACCAUUACAUAUUGAUGGCUCCUGUUGCAUUCUUCUUUAUGAGGUCAGCUAAACAGGGCGCAGAAACUGUGGUGUAUUGUGCCAGCGACUACAGCAUUGAAGGCAAUACUGGUAAGUUUUACCGGGACUGCGCCGAAUACACUUCCAACUAUGCCUUCAACAAGGAAGAAGAAACAAAACUUUGGGAGAUCAGCGAGGAAAUGGUCGAAGCGAGGAAGCCGCUAAAGAAUUAACCGGAUAAUUUUAAUGCGUACUCUGAUUUGAUGAUAUGAUUGACUAAAUUUAUAUUAUUUUAAGUAAAUUAUUAACUUUAAUCUGUUUAGUUUAUUUAUUCCAAUGAUUGCAAUACUAAAUUUUUAUAAUUUGACAAUUGGGUCUCUACUAGAUGCUUAUGAAUAUUCAAUAAGAUUUUUAAUUGUUAAUUUUUUUUCGAUUCCUCUGUACUCGGCGCGUUUUUUUUAAGUAAUGACGCACAGAUAAAAAUAUUUCUAAAAAAAAUUUAAAUAAUUAUCAAGUAGAGUGCUUAUCUAUAAUAUAAUUAUCGCAUAAUAAUUUUGUUACAUAUCAUGGUUCUUUAUAUAUUUAGUUUUAAGUAGAAUUCCUUGACUGUUUAAUAAUUAUAUGUUAAAUGAUCUUUAUUUCUCAAAUAUUUAGUUACCUAUCAAUAAUUACUUUAUUACUUACCUACCAUUAUCGGAACGCCAUAUGAUUGUCUAACAGCUAAAUAAAAAAAAUACCAGUAAACAUUUUAUGAACGUGUGAAAAAUAUAAUGUACUUAUGUAAUUUUUUGAUUAUAAUAUUCGCACUUUAAUUAAAUACUUAUUGAAAAAACUAUAUAUUCAUUGUUGCCAUAUGUUUGAAUAAGACUGGCUGAUUGGUGUAAUUUUAAAAGGUUAAUGUUCCAAUUUAAAUAUAUGUAUGUAUAUUAGUCAUAUCAUAUACAAAUGUUAAAUAUUGGUUUUUAUUCUGUUGUUCAUUAUUAUUUUUAUAUUAAGCUAAUUUGAUUAGUCUAAAGAUUUUGAUGUCCACACUAGAGACAUACUAAAAUGUCGUCCUAGUAAAGGUUAAGUGGUAAAAGAGGAUUCUAAAUUUCAAGGUGCAAGAAGACUCCUAUAAAAAAUAAUUAAAUACAUUAAUAGUAAAAUUUAAAAUUGUAAUAAAAUUACCUUAGUGAUCCUGGUAUAAAUUAAUUCUUCCAUUAGAUAUAUUCGUUGAAACAUGAGUGAUGAGAAGUUUGAAACUAUGGUAUCUUGAGGCCAAUGUUGCCGCCGCAAAAUGCCAUAGGGUUGUGUAGUAUCCUAAGGCGUCUUUACCUAUAGUGCAGGGUGUGCGGUGUUAGGGGCGUCGGCGGCCGGCCUCGGACUUUCAAUAAACUUUCGCCCGUGUUAUGGCGCUGGGCGUUAUAACUCAACCCCGCGUAAAAAUAGCUCAAAAAUGUUUAAUUAUGUUGUUAUCCGUGUACAAAGGCCUAACAUCAAGUUUCCUGAAUCUGUCAAAUGUAUCCCAAUUGAUAUUGAACGCUUGUCUGUUUUAUAUGAGGUCGAAAUUAGAAUGAAGAAAUUUGACAGAUGUGGGACACUUUAUUGUUACCAUACAUCGUUUGAUAUUCCACCAUUUGCACCCGAAUCUCCGUUCACUGUUGUAACUAUAAGGUGUUUGAUAAACAGCCUAUCAAGCCGAAACGUUUCCAUGUUAACAUGUCUGUAUAAAUGUUAUGUCAAUGUUAAAAAAUUGAAAUCGUAGAAAAAAAAUUUGACUCUCCAUCCAAAAUGACCGAUCAGUUGACUGAGUUAGUAUGAAAGAAGAAAAUAACAUUUAUAAAGACAUAUUAACAUUUGUACUUAUUUCUUUUUGACCGCGGGCUUACUAGAAGGCGCUAGGAUACGGGCGCUAUAUGGGCUAGAGACGACUCUGUGUAGUGUACAACAGAAUCGACUCCAAAAUAUACAUAUAAUUUAAUCAUAUACUCAUGAAAAAUAUUGAAUCUUUUAAACAUAUUUGGCGGGUAGAAGUAGAAUUCCAAAGAUGUAUAGGUUAUAAUUUUUGUUGAAUUAAUUAAUAAAUAUAUUCGGGUAAUUUUUG